UGAGAAAACAAUGCCAACAUGACUGUCAUGUUUUAUGUGAAGUACACGGUGUCGUAGGUCUGAACUCUUUAUUUUGGAAGUCGCAUUAUGUAUUUGAGAAGAUCACAUUUAAAUAACACUUAGAUUUAUACAACUAAUGAACGGAACAGGUACAAAGAAGUGUAACCCACAGGCAUGGGGAGAUGAUUGCAGCAAGUCUUGCAUCCAUUGCGCAGACGAGUGCAACCAGGUGACAGGAUCAUGUACGAAGUGUCUGUCGGGAUACAAGGACCCAGUUCUGCACUGUUCGAAAGAAUGCGAUAAGUUUGAGUUUGGGGCUGACUGCAUAGGCGACUGCAAGACGAAAUGUGGGAUGGAUAUCGACUGCAUCAACCGAGUCACUGGACAGUGUCCAGAGGAGCAAGGGUUUGCUUGGUACCUGAUUAUAACACUUCUGUCAGUGAUCUUGUUUGCAGGAAUCGUUUACUACGUUGUCACAAAGAAACAGUCAACUAAAAAUCUUGUGCUGAAUGGAUCCAAGACUUUAACGGCUUCGAAGUCUAAACUGAAUGAAAAAGGAACCAUGGGGAACCAAAGUGAUGAUGUUUAAAAACUUUUAAAGUGGAAUUAUAGUUUCUUGAGAGAGAACUUGGAGUCUGUGUGAAGUGUACGAACGAUGAGUCUAAGAAAACAUUUUAAGCAGAAAAUGAUUUCCAAGUUGAUUGAAUAAAGUCUCUUUGAACAAA